AUGUGGUCAAAAAAGCUAGAGGUCGGAAAGAAUAGAAACUGCAGAAAAGAGGAUCUUGAAGAUCUUUGCAAUGGGCCGCUUCCUAGUGGAUUAGAGUUAUGGGUAAAGGCUUACGCAUGCACGAGAGUUGCAUGUACUGUGUCCGAGCACUAUGGACCUUUUACAAUCCAACAACCACACCAAGAUUCGAAUGACGGUGGUGUGGAUGGAGCAUUGAUUGCAUUGCCCAUUCUUAUUGCCAUCCUUAUCCUCAUCAGUGUGUUUCUGGUUCGUUGGUGGCGAGGAGCAAUUGACCCACUUAAGUGGAUGAAUCGACUGAUUGGAGGGGGCGAGGAAGAUGAACUAGUAACCCUUCAAGAGAUUGCAGAUCCCGACAGAUCCAUUCCAAUAGCAACAUACAGCGAGGCCUUUGCUGAUCUUCACAGGGACACAAAUCUCAUCCUGUCAGAGCAGUACGAGGAGAUAAAGCGACGAGCGGGUCAAAUAGAAGUGAGGUCAGGCUUCGAGGCUGCCAACCUUGAACCAAACAAGCCUAAAAACAGAUGGGUCAACAUUCUACCCUUCGACCAUAGCCGGGUCAAACUUCAACAGUGUGAUGACGAUAACCCAGAAUCAGACUAUAUUAAUGCUAACUAUAUGCCUGGCUUUCACCAUCAACGGGAGUUCAUAGCAACCCAAGGUCCGUUGCCCGGAACAAUCGACGACUUCUGGCGAAUGGUGUGGGAACAGAACGUCAUGGUGAUCGUAAUGUUAACACCAUGCAAGGAGAGAAAUAGAGUAAAAUGUGAGAUGUACUGGCCGGACACUGUUCAAGAGGCAAAGCAAUACGGAGAUUUGGUGGUCAACCCGACCUCGAUAACCAACAUGAACAAGUUCAAUAUCAACAUCUUCGACAUCUCUCACGCCAGCGAUCUAACGAAGACUAGGAAAGUUCUGCAAUUCCACUACCUGGACUUUAUGGAUUUCACGGCUGCCGUGGAAGUUGAACAUUUCAUCGAAUUUGUACGCACAGUUCGAGGUCAAGUGCCCCACGAUGUGACCAGUCCUAUGUUUAUCCAUUGCAGUGCUGGCGUAGGCAGGACGGGCUCUUACAUCGCCAUAGAUCACUUGCAAGAGUAUCUGAACUCUCCCAAGUUCAGUUUCGAUGACCGCAUCAACAUUUUUGACAUGGUCAUGAAAAUGAGGAAACAGAGGGUCAACAUGGUCCAGACCGAAGCUCAGUACAUCCUGAUCCACGACUGUUUUGAGAGGAUGUUGGAGGACAAGAAGAAAUCUCUGAAAACUACAGAGUCGAUGGAGGAGCUGUACGCUAACCAGGCAUACGAUCCCUUUCCAGACGUCGAGUAUGAGAACGUGAAUUAUGAGAAUAAACAGAGAAAAGAGCUCUGA